CAGCGCCUCGUUGCAUUCGUGCCUGUUCACGUUAUUUUUUAACGGAAUUUAUCGCUUGCACGAAGAAAGUAAAGUACCGGUUGUGAGUGUGUAUGUACGACUAGCGUACAGCGUUGACAUUUUCCUAUGAAUACGUAUCUCCAUUGAAUCGGUUACGUAAAAAUCUUUAUCCAAUUAUAAAGCUUGGAAGAUAGUGAUUUGAGUGGUGUCGAUAAAUUUAUAUGGGUUGCCGAGUGUCCAUUUCCAAGUAAUAUUGGCGCGUGUAUUUACGAUCGCAGAAUCGAGCGGCGCAUUACAUGGCGUCUUGUACGAUUCAUGUACGCUAGGUCUUAAGUUACAAUAUAUCAUCGAGUCGUUGAAUGUGUUGUCUGCCAGUAUUCUAUGAUCGGGCAUGUAAUGUUGUUAGUGGCUGAGGUAAACGAGAGACAGAAAUAGACAGAAGAGAACGAUCGAAUAUAUCUGUAGGUAAAAGCAAAAGCAAGGCACAGAUACAUUACGGUCUUCUACAACUGGACGACAGGGACUUAUUGUAUUUACGUGGGGGCUAGUACAACUAAGAAAAAGGGCGUGGAAAGAUUAAACGAGUUAAUAGGCAGGACGUAAACGUACGCUAACGUUAUGGGUAAGACGCCAAAGAAGGCGGCCCCUGGGGGCGAUGAGAGGAAUUUGUACAAACGGAGACUCAAGGCAACGACCGCGCCGCCGAAUCCUUCUGAAACUAGCUUGCACAAGAAACAGCGCAAACCCAAGAUUUCGAACAGAUCGACAUUGAGUACCCUACAAAACAGAGUACCACGUGGUCCAAGGAAAAAUUUUAACGUUAAACUCCGCGUGGCAACAAAAUUUGAGCUGAAUCGCCCUAUGAAACAGAUAGGUAAAACACCUGAAAGUUCCAAAGAAAAGAAAUCAACUAUUCCAGAUAAAAGUGAGGAAUCAAUUUCUGCAAACAUGCAACCUGAAUUAGAAGUUGAAACAAAUCCCAAUACAACUGAGCAAGUAGAAUAUACCAAAAAGGACAUUUCCGAAGAUACACAGAAGUCUGAUAAGGAGCAUGUUGAUCAUACUUCUUCUGAACCUGUUUUACCUUCCAAAGCACAAGAAAAUUCAGCAGACAAGGAAAUAGUGAUUGAAGAAGAGCAAAUCGAAUGUCAAGAGAAAGCAAGUCACUCUGAUACAAACAGGGAGGUAGAAGAGCAUGAAGAGAAUGAACUAGAUUUGCGUUUUGAAACGGAAGAUAGUCCUGUAAAAAUACACGAGGAAAAGGCAGAUGAUGCAGAUUCAAAAGAAGAUAAUAGUGAAAAAUACCCUUCCAAAGUAAUAACGACAAAGAAUGACGUAAACGAGAAGGAAGAUUUUCAAUGCGAAUCUCAAACCGAUACGGAGAGUAAUUCGGCCGAUAUUCUAGAAUGUACAACAUCCGAAGUGUCCGAAAUGUCAGAAAUUGCGUCGCAGAAUGACGUUCAGAACGAAAAGGAGAAAGAGAAAGAGAAGGAAACGGAAAAGGAGAAGGAAAAAGAAAACGAAAAGUCCGAAGAGAGCAUUAGCAAAGAUUCGUUCGUUUCGUACAAUCCUUCGAUAAUGCUGAAGGAUGUACAAAUCAAGUUGAAUGAUUGUUUGAAAGAAAACUCAAAGUUAUUCAACACAAGUAACGCUAGUCAAAGUACGUCGAGCCAAUCAAUAAAAGACAUGUCUUUCGGGAAAUCUCUGAGGAACAUUUCAGGCCGACGUUGUCUCAGCAGAAUGCGUCAUGUUACUUUACGCGAACGCAGGUAUUCGCCAAGCGAUUCGAUGUUAGUCAACGUGUCGAGCGUUUCUUUCUCAUCGGAUGAUACGCCGGACUUCAAGAUCCUACGUUACAGCACAGACUUGUCCGACACAGUUUCUACCACGAAUGGUAGCCCGAGCGAGAGAAAACGAAAACACGAAAUCGAAGACUGGAAUUCUGCUAAGAAGCAGAAAGGAGAAUCCGACAACAGCUUACUGAACAGUUCCGUCAGCUUAUUGAAAGGGUUACGCAAACCUAUACAAGUCUCUACUCCGGUGUCCGAAUUGAAAUUUCAGACUGGCAAAUUGGAACUGGGUGAAAACAAUAAACCGGCAAACGAAAAUAGCAAAAAAUGGUGUGUUAUCAUGUAAAUUACCAUCGAAUCUUGAUCGAUGCAGAAGAGUUUUAUACAUUUUUGCACACAAAGAGUACGAUUUGUAC